UUAUACGAAGCUCUCUCUCUCAACACACAACUUCACUCAUUUCUCGAAUCACUCUCUUUCUCUCUCUUCCCGAACUUGUAGGAUUUCAACUCGAACAUACUCCUCGCCGGAGAACGAAAUAAACGUCGUCGGUGUUCAGGUAAUUGAAGGUUCUACCUUUGAUCCGUUCAAUUCUUUUGGCUCGAAGUUGUAGUUGGAACAAAUCGGAAAUGGCUUCUCAACCGAAGAAUGUUGGAAUUCUCGCCAUGGAGAUUUACUUUCCUCCUACUUGUCUUCAGCAGGAAGUAUUGGAGGCUCAUGAUGGAGCAAGCAAAGGCAAGUAUACAAUUGGUCUUGGACAAGAUUGCAUGGGCUUUUGCACUGAGGUUGAAGAUGUCAUAUCAAUGAGUUUGACAGCUGUUAAUUCCCUACUGGAGAAGUAUUCUGUUGAUCCGAAGCAAAUUGGUCGGCUAGAGGUUGGAAGUGAAACUGUUAUUGAUAAGAGCAAAUCCAUCAAGACAUUCUUAAUGCAAAUAUUUGAGAAACAUGGAAAUACUGACAUUGAAGGAGUUGACUCAACUAAUGCCUGCUAUGGGGGAACUGCUGCGUUGUUCAACUGUGUAAAUUGGGUGGAGAGUGCUUCAUGGGAUGGACGCUAUGGUCUUGUAGUAUGCACGGAUAGCGCGGUCUAUGCAGAGGGGCCUGCUCGGCCUACUGGAGGAGCUGCAGCUGUUGCUAUGCUUGUUGGGCCUGAUGCUCCUAUAGUAUUUGAAAGCAAGAUCAGGGCUAGCCAUAUGUCCCAUGUCUAUGAUUUUUACAAGCCCAUCCUUGACAGUGAAUAUCCAGUGGUUGAUGGUAAGCUUUCACAAACUUGUUAUCUCAUGGCACUUGAUGCUUGCUACAAGAGUUUAUGCAACAAAUAUGAGAAAUUGGAAGGCAAGCAAUUUUCAAUGACGGAUGCAGCCUACUUUGUGUUCCAUUCACCAUACAACAAGCUCGUGCAGAAGAGUUUUAGUCGAUUGCUGUUCAAUGAUUUUCUAAGGAAUGCUAGCUCUAUUGAUGAGUCUGCCAAAAAAAUCCUGGCCCCCUUUGAAUCCUUAACCGGUGAUGAAAGCUACCAGAGCCGUGAUCUUGAGAAGACAUCCCAACAACUUGCUAAACCGCUUUAUGAUGAGAAGGUGCAGCCUACCACAUUGAUACCAAAACAAGUUGGCAACAUGUAUACCGCAUCUCUUUAUGCUGCUUUUGCAUCCCUCCUUCACAAUAAGCACAAUACAUUGGCUGGUCAGCGGGUAAUCAUGUUUUCCUAUGGGAGUGGAUUGACUGCGACUAUGUUUUCGCUAAAGUUUAACGAAGGUCAACAUCCUUUUAGUUUGUCAAACAUUGCAAGCGUGAUGAAUGUCGCAGAGAAGUUGGAAUCGAGACAUGAGUUCACUCCUGAAAAAUUCAUCGAAAUAUUGAAACUAAUGGAGCACAGAUAUGGUGCCAAGGACUUUGUGACCAGCAAGGAUUGCAGCCUUCUCGCACCAGGAACCUACUACCUAACAGAGGUUGAUUCCAAGUACAGAAGAUUUUAUGCAAAGAAGGCUCACGAGAAUGGGCAGGUCAACGGACACUAAGACACCAAACAUGGUCCGUCCUUGCACGGUGUAAGGCCAUAUAGUAGGCUCGUGCUGUUUAAGUUAUUGUUAGCGCAUAGAAGAAUAACUAGUGCUCUGGCAGAUUCGAUUGUUAUUACAUGUAGUUUCUUUUCCAGAGUAGUAGAUCCUAUGCCUUUUUUCUUUCUUUUUUUCAGUUCCCGACGAGUUCUAAUGUUGUGCAUCUCCUUGUCUUCACCUGUUUGUGAAAUGAUUGUAAAAGUCAUCAACCUAGUCUUUGGUUGGAAUUCAUUUCUCAUCUGUAAUAAACUAAUGUAUUUAUGAGAAAAAUCAUUUCAAUGGGUGAUUGUUGAAA